CAGUAAAACUGGAGGUCUAUAAAAGCCUGAAGACGCAAGGCUGAGAAUUAGUCUUCAGAGAAAGAGGGAGACUCUCCUCAACUCACAGGAGCUGAACCCAUCAUGUGGGGCGCCAGGCUCUGUCUUUUGCUGCUUCUGGGGUCAAACUCAGUCGCCCAGCAAGAUGUGGAAAGUGUUGGCGAACACUCUCCAGUUUGCUUUUUGGCCAAAAGAUACGGACAUUUCAAGCGGUUUGUGUACAACUACAAAGCGGAAACUUUUAACAGCGUAAAUGGUGCAAGUGAUGACAAAAGUGGGCCCAGAGUUUCCUGCACAGUGGAGGUCGACGUGCCGCAGACGUGCAGCUUCAUCCUUCGCACGACGGACUGUUCUCUGAGCGAGAUCUCUGGCGUGGACGAUGGUGGGAACCCAGUGUACCGUGUUGCUGCUGAAGCCGAGGCUUUCAGAGCUGCGAUGGCCAAGAACCCUUUGAGGGUCGCGGUGGAAAGACAGACUGAGGUCAAACUCUACCCUGAAGAUGAUGAACCUGUGAACAUCCUGAACAUCAAGAGAGGAAUCGUCUCGGCCCUCAUGGUGCCCGAAAUGACCGAAGAGAACAACCAAAAUGUGCCCACUGUUCAUGGAGUGUGCUCCACCGACGUCACGGCCUACUCCACAGAGGAUGUGACGGUAACCAGGGAUCUGUCCAAAUGCGACGGCUUCACCGCACACAGGCGGCACACCAGUCCUCUGGCGCUCAUCUCAGGAAUGAACUACCCCUUGUCCAAAAUGAUCAGCAGCACCCAGACCUGUAACUACAAGUUUGACAGCCAGAUGAAGCACAUGACCAGCGGGUCCUGCACAGAGAAACACAUCUUCCUGCCCUUCUCUCACAAGAAUGAAUACGGGAUUUCUGCAGUUGUCAGGCAGACUGUAACGCUACAAGAAACUGAGCAGAUCAACGACAGAAUCUUUGACAUCAAUGAGGCCAACCUCAGACACCUGCCUAUGGAAGUAGCUGAUGACAAAUCCCCGCUGAAGACCAAAGAUGCCCUGAUUGCCAAAAUGCAGAAGCUGAACACCUUGUCACAGACCGCGAAUGGCGAGGAGCGCGCCGGUCUCUUCCGCGAGCUGGUUUCAGAACUCCGUGGUUUGAAGGCCGACCUUCUGCGCUCCAUCACCAACGAAAUGAUGGACAUCUCCGGCUCACUGGCGUGGCAGGCCCUGAUUCAGUGCGGUACACCAGAAUGCACCAGCGCCAUCAUAAACACUCUCAGGACGUACGACGGAGCCUCUGUGGAGGUCGACGCUGUCAUUUACGCCAUGGGAAUGCUCCAGCACCCCUCCCGCCUGAUGGUGAAAGACUUGCUGGAAAUGGCUCAGAACAGACAAAGCAAACCCAUCAUGUAUGCACUCAGCAUUGCAACCAGGAAGUUGUUCAAGUCUGAGGGAGUCACCCCAGAGAUCAGUGACGUCUAUGAGUUCAUGACCUCCCUUCUGGGUGGCGACUGUGCUGGAGAAAAAGACCUGACCUUCCUGACCCUACGGAUUAUCGGUAACAUGGGAGAUGCAAUGGAGUCUGUUGACCCCAAAAUUAAGUCCACCCUGGUGAAGUGCAUGAGGCAACCUGCAACCACCCUGUCCGUGCAGCUCGCUGCCAUCCAGGCCUUCAGGCGCAUGUCUGUGACUGAUGAGGUUCGAUCCAACCUCCAGCGGGUCAGUCAGUAUCCCAAAGGGGCGGUGCAGAAGCGCCUGGCUGCCUACCUGAUGCUGAUGAGGAACCCUCAGGACAGUGACAUUGAGGCGGUGAAGAAGAUUCUCACACAGGAGCAGAACCCUCAAGUCAAGGCGUUUGUGUCCUCACACAUCCACAACAUCAUUACGUUACCUGAUCCUAAGGCCAAAAGCUUUCGUGAGAAAAUACUGGACGCCCUGCAGAACGUAGAGGGCACCACAGACUACGACUUCACCACAACAUCCCGAAACUACAAACUGGGUGUGGCACAUGAGAGCUUGCUGGCCAGCGUUGAGGGAAAUGUCAUUUUUGAUCCAAGCAACCAGCUGCCAAGAGAGGUUCUGUUAGAAACAACCCUGGAAGCUUUUGGCUACAGCGUUGACAUCUGGGAGGUUGGCAUGGACGGAAAAGGCUUUGAGCCAACAAUUGAAGCUCUGUUUGGAGAGAACGGUUUCUUCCCUGAUACUGUAUCCAAAGCUCUGUACUGGGCAGAGGGGAAACUUCCACUUAAAGUCAAGGAAGUUCUGGAAAACUGGGUUGCCCCAUUGAAACCAGAGGGCCAAAAGGUUCCCGAGAACCUUAUGAGAGAAAUUGUCCGCAACUUCAACAAGCUGGUUAAAGAUCUGCAAAACCAGGAGUCCCCAGAGGCCAUGGCCUACCUGAGGAUCAUGGGAGCUGAGCUUGGCUUCAUCAAGGGCAGCGAUCUGAAGUCAGUUGCUGAGAUGUAUGCCAACAUUUUCCAGAAGAUCACUCCCAGCAAGGUUCUGGAAAAGCUGAUGUCUUCCGCACGGAAUGACAUUUUUGCCCACUACAUCUUUAUGGACAACAAAUUCAUCAUGCCAACAGCUUCUGGGUUGCCCCUGACAUUUGCCCUGUCUGGUACUUUUGCUCCCGGAGCCAAAGGAGGCCUAACCAUGGAUCCAAACAUGAAAACAGUGUCAUUCAGUCCCUCUGUUGGGGUUGAGUUCAUGACUCAGAUGGGAGUCCACAUUCCAGAGUUUGUUGAGUCUGCUGUUGAGAUGCACACCACUGUGUACCACGAGAGUGCCUUCAAAGCUAAGAUCACCAUGGAGCCAACCCAAGUCAAGCUUUCCAUCCCUGCUCCAGAAGGCACCGUGAAGCUCCUCAGAUUGAGCAACAAAGUGAUGAUUGUGGGAGCUGACAAGGCCACAAUAAUCCCACACAGACAGAGUGACUCAAAGUGUAAGCCUAUUUUCACUGGAAUCAAAUACUGCAUCAAAACUCUUCUGCCUGAGGUUGGUGAGCGGAGCGAUGCGCCUUACUUCCCUGUAAAUGGAGAGACCUCAUUUGCAAUUGAUAUUGAACCCACUGAAGAGGUGACUGAGUACACAGCCACGGUUGCCUACAAGCUUCUCAGUGAAGGAAGUGAAGGACGCCAUAAGGUUGACUCCUUGAAGAUUAUACUGAGGGCAGAAGGUGAUCAGCCUUCAGAGGCCACAGCCACCAUGAAAUACAACAGAAACAGGAACGUUUUCACCACUCAAAUCCAGAUUCCAGACUUUGAUGUCGAGAGCGGCAUUAAAAUCGGUGUGUCAGGGAGCAAUGCAAAGGGCAAGUCCAUCAUCUUUGAGAUCUCCAACAAGAACGAGCUUCAACUGUCGUUGAUUGGUCGUGCCAAACUUCAGGCCAUGACUGAUGGCAUGCUGCAAGUGCAGCUGUUGGUUCCCGCACUCCAGAUCGAUGCCACUCUGAGCUCCACUAUGAACAAAGCUGAAGGACUCACCCUGCAGUUGAAGAGUGACAUCAAACUCCCAGAAAUGGUUUCCGUUCAGGCAGUCACCUUUAAAUAUGGGGAGGAAGAGGCUGAGGUUCAGCUGAUGUCCAACAUGAAUGCUGACACUGAGGUCCCAGUGGAGUACUCCAAAGUCCUCCAGGUCUGGAUCAAGAAAUUAGCAGAGGAAAUCAUGAACCAUCAGGUGGUGAACACUGACAUGAAACUGCGUCACAUCCUCAACAAGGGAAUUGAGGCUGGCAACAUCUGGCUUGACAAGAUCUCGACUGAUGUUCCUUGCAUUAAGAAUCUGAGGAACAGCAUCUCUACAGUUGAAAUGCCAUCAAUGCCUGAAAACCUUUUCAUGAACCUUGAAAGCACACUCAAAUACAAGUUCAACCAGAACCGCUUCACCAUGACCAUCCCGCUGCCUCUCGGAGGGAAAUCGUCAAAGGAGCUGAGGAUUCCCCGAAUGGUCACAUCCCCACAAAUAUCUAUUCCUCAGCUGAGUAUGGAGCUUGCCCCUCAAGCCCUCCAAAUUCCAACAUUCACCAUACCCUCUGAGUAUGAUCUGACCUUGCCUCUGCUGGGAAUGAUGGAAAUGUCUGCCAAGAUGGAGAGCAACUACUAUGACUGGAAUGGAAAGAUUGAAGUCGGUAACAACACUGGCGAGUCCCCCAACUAUGUGGCCAACAUCAAGAUCCAGGCUGAGAGUCCAAUCAAAGUUCUCUCCUUUACAACAGAAGGCUCAUACUCGAUCACAGACACAGAAGGCAAAACCAUUGAGGUGAUUCUGGAAGGAUCCUUGAAACACAUGCUCAUUAACACAGGGUUCAGUGUGCUGGAAAGCAUUGCUGUCACAGAAAACAUACUUACAACAGGUCGCUACAACAUUCAGGCUUCCUCAUCGAUGGGUCUAGACACAUCGGCAACCAUCACCACCCAAUGCACCCUCGACUCCAGCACUCUCUUUGGAGAUCUUAAUGCGGAUGCCAGUGUGACUGUUGGGUCCAUGGAUGCCACCUCAUCCUAUCUUCACACCUUUUCCUUUGAGCCUGCAAAGAAAGAAGCAAAAAUGGAGAGCACGCUCAAUGUGAACUCUAAAAUAGCAAAGCUUUCAAACAAAGUUAAGGUAUCCUAUGAAAACGAUGAAUUUAUGUUUGAUUCCAACACCAACCUGAACAGUGACCUAGUCAGACACACCACCAAGAUAGUCCUCAGUUACAAAGACACCAAGCUCACCUUCCAGUCUGACUCUGUGACCAAUGCUGAAGGCGAGAAGAUGGUUCGUAGCCAGAUAGAGAUGUCUGCUGCUGCAGGACAGGCCACCCUCAGGAUUGAGAACCAAGCUGGUGACACAAAAAACCGUGUCUACUCUCUGCUUACUGGGUCCUUGAACCCCUCUGGGCUGGAAGUCAAUGCUGAUGCCUCCAUUAACAUCUUCUCAAGCAUUGCAUCUCACAAAGCCACCUUGACCCUAACCAUGAAUGGGCUGACAACCAGCUGCACAACAACCGCCCACCACAGCCCACUGACAUUUGAGAACAUUUUCCAUGGUGGAAUUGACACCUCUGGCGCCACUUUGUCUCUUACAACCAAAGGAGGCAUAAAAGACAACAAAGCUGAGCUCAACAUUGAGGGCAACCUUGCAAAGACAGAGGUCUAUUUUAAUGGCAUGUUUAAGGCUAACCUCUUCGACCUGGAUAGCAUGAACAGAGUGAACUUCAGGCUGAAUGAAGAUGGCAUCGUUUUCUCUAACAACGUGGUUGGAUCUUUUGGUGAUAUAAGAACCGAGAACACCAAUUCAAUGUCUCUUUCACUGAGAUCUUUAACCCUCCAGUCCAAAACCGACAACUUCUUUGACCAGAGCAACUCCUACAUGCAUGACAUUUCAAUUAAUGUUGAGCGUUACACUGCUUCUGUUAACAUGAAAAAUAACCUCAAGGUAUUGGCAAUUAGCUUUGUAAAUGACGCACAAUUCAGCGCACAGCCCUACAACAUCCAACUGUCCGGAACACUGAUGGGAGCCUACUCUGAGGAAGAGCUCAAGCACACUUAUGAAAUCAAGUUUGUUGACGCAGUCUUCUCUACAAAGACCAAUACCGUUGGAAAACUCCUGAGCUCCCACAUUGCCCAUACUACUGACAUGGAGAUUGCUGGUCUGAGCAUGAAACUCAACAAUGUGGCCAACUUCAACUCCCCUACUCUUCGCCUGGACAGCAAAAUCAAGACCACCGCUGAACCCUUUGUUCUCAACGUUGAUGCCAUUUUCAACUCCAAUGGUGCAGUGUAUCUGUUUGGAAAACAUAGUGGUGAAGUUUACAGCAAGUUUCUCCUAAAAGCAGAGCCCACGUUGUUCACAGAGUCAUUUGAGUAUAGAGCCUCAACCACCCAUGAAAUGGAGGGCAGACAAACCAUCAAGACCAACGUGGACAACAAAUUCAACACCAACCUGAGCCUCCAAAAGCAAAGUGUAACACUGAAGAUGACAACCAAAGUAAACGACCAUGCCUUUGAUGAAGAGAUGACCGCAUACAACAAUGCUGAAAAAAUGGGCGUUGAAAUGAAAGGAGUGGUCUCAACCCCCUUGUUCAGUGAUGCAAGUCAAGAUUACAUCAUCUCUGGAUUUGUGAAGUAUGACAAGAACAGCGACAGUCACUUCCUCCAGAUUCCCUUUGUUGAACAUCUGCCGGCAGUCAUUGAAAAGAUGAAAGUCACUUUGAUGACUCUGAUGGACAGUAGCAUUGACAUGUUCAAAAACUUUGACUCAAAGUAUGGCAUCACUGUCAAGUUCAACAGCAAGGUUGCAGAACUGAAAGAAGUAGUGGACAACUUUGACUUCAAUCUUUUGGUCCAAGAUGUAAAAAUGUUCCUCAAGCCAGUGGAGAAGUUCAUCACAAACCUCACAAUAAGGUUCCCAACCAACAAAGUCAUCAGUUUCCUGAAAUCUAUCAAGGACAAAAUUCAGGCCGCAAUCAAGAAUUGCAACAUUUCCAGCAGGUUGAAUGCGAUUUAUUCCAAGUUAGAAGAAUUUCUUUCCAACUAUGAGGUUGAAAAAAUUGUUGGAGAACUCAUGGAUGAGGUAGUUAAAAUUAUGAAGCAGUAUCAGGUCAGGGAGAAGAUCCAGCAAAUAUUUGAUUCUCUCAAAAGCAUUGACAUCCAGCCAUUGGUGGAAAAAGUUAAGAUCCCAGUUCAGGAACUGCUGAAUGAGCUAUAUUCCUUUGACUUCAAGCUGCUGCUUGAUGACAUAAGUGACUAUUUCACAAGACUGAUCCAGAAAAUCAAAUCCUUUGAUUAUGACACCUUAACCACGGAGCUCAAGGAGAAAGUGGCAGAGAUGAGUAAGAUCCCCUGCUUUGGAAAACUUUAUGGUGAGUUCAAAAUUACUUCUCCUCAUUACAAACUCAGUACCACUGCUGACAUGGAGAACGUGACAACCAUAUCCAUCACACCAGAGUUUAAAAUGAACCUCAAAUCAAAAGCUCAGUCUACUUUGAAAGUCCUUGACUACACUGUGGAUGCCACGGCACACUUUGCUUUGCCCAAAAUGAGGCACCUGUCCAUCUCUGAGAGUGUCGAUGUUGCCCAGUCAUCCUUUACUCUAAACCACAAGGGAGUGAUGAAUCUCUACGGCCUGUCAGCCCAAGCUUCUGCCAACACCACUGCUAAAGUCAACACUGAGCUUUAUAAUGGAGAGUUUUUGAACAAUGCAUUCUUUGCCAUGAGAAAUGGUAUUUUUGCCUCAGUGGAGACCGCUUGUAGACAUGAUUUCAACAUGGCACCUCUCAGGACAGGCAGUGAUGGAAUGAUAUUUCAGAAGACUGUCUUUGGGCUUGAAGCAGGCACAGCCCGUCUGACCUUAACCAAUGUGGCUCGAGAGAAAUAUUCCAUUCAAGACUUUUCUGAUGAGAUAACCCACAAGAGUGAUAUGGAGGUGGUCAUGGAUCUGCACACAACCAAACUGACCUUCAGUGGAGACACUAACAGCAAGUUCCUAAAAUUGGAGGAAAAUCUUCUCGUUGAUGCAUGCAUUUUCCGUCAUUUCAUUGUUGAGGCCAAGAUGGAAACUGAAACACCUUUUUGGAGGGACAGUGUCACCGAGGUUAAGCUUGAGGCUAAAGCUGAAGACAUGAGAAUUGACGUCACUGCCUCUCACGAAUCCCAGCUGGUGGGUCAGGUUGAAGGAAAGCUCUCAAGUUCUCUUCUUGCUCUAAUCACACCUACAGAGCUUUCAUUUGACACCAAAAACAAGGGGGAUGCCAAGUUUAUUCUUCCAUUCAAGCUGUCAGGCAAAGUAAACCUCCAGAAUGACAUGGUUUUCACUCUGAACUCUGAUGUGCAGCAAGCAAGCUGGACAGGGCUGGCAAGAUUCAACCAGUACAAAUAUUCCCAUCUAUUCUCACUGGAAAACCUUGAUAAAGAAGUUAAUAUGCUUUCCCAAAUCAAUGCAGAAGCAGAUCUUGAACUGCUGAGGCAAACUAUCACCAUCCCUGAAAUGACGCUGCCUCUGGUCGGCAUGAAGACACCAAGAGUGGAGAGCUUUUCCCUGUGGGAAGAUGCUGGUUUAGAUUAUUACCUGAUCACAACUCAGCAGACAUAUGAGAUGAAUUCCAACCUCAAGUACAUCAAAAACCCUGAGGUGAUCCAAAUUAAUGUGGGUCCAGUCGUUCAGGCCAUUAACAGCAAUCUCAAAGCACUACGCGAGAAAGUCAUUGCUGGCAAGGAAAAGUUUGCUGCCACUCUUGGUUCAUCCUACGACAAAGCAAAGGUUCAGUAUGAAAAAUACAGUUCUCAGGUCCCAGAAACCAUUACAGUUCCUGCCUAUAAAGUUCCAGUGAUUGAUUAUGACUUGUCUUCAUUCCAAAUCCCCUUGCCAGUUCCAAGAAUUGUAACAUUGUCUUCUCAAGAUGUCUCAUCUGCUCUCAGCAAAAUCAGAAUUCCAAGGAUUUCCAUACCCAGAAUUCAAACAAUCAAGAUUCCAGUAAUGGGCGAUCUGAUUUAUGAGGGUUUCAUCAAGACUGCAGUUAUCGAUCUCAAAACUGAUGCCAGCAUUCUUAACCAGGACGGCCUCUCUGCCAGAUUCGAUGCCUCCUCCUCCUCUCCGUUUAACCUCUUGGUUGGAAAAAUUGAAGGCAAGACCAACAUGAACACAGCGGGUGAAUUUAAAAUGGACUCCAUCCUUGCUAUUUCCCACUCAGUCCUGGAGGGAAGCCACAAGAGCAACAUCGCCCUAAACUAUGAGACUGUAGAUGCCUCCAUCAUCAAUACAGGACGACUGAAUCUACCUUCCCAGACUGUGGAAAUCAACCAGGAGAUUACUGGAAAUCCAGUGAAAGGCCUUGUCGUCUCCAUGUCCACGCCAUCUGCAGGUCUCAUUGCUGUUCAGGUGCAAACCAAGCGGCUCGCCCAAAUGAAAGCAAGAGUGUACGGUCAAUAUCCGACUGACCUGACGAAGGAUGUCGAUAUCGUUGGCCUCAAGGUGUCAGUGAUGGACUCGAACAAGCUGAACCUUCAGGCAACCUGGAAUAUGGAGAUGCCCUAUGAGAUGAUGCUAGGAUUGAAGAAACAAGUAGCCCCAGCCAUGAGCGUGCUGUCUGAUGCUGGAGUCAGAGCUUACAACAAAGUCAGCAAGCAAUUCAGAGGCCUCAAAAACUCUUUAGAAAAAGUGAAGAAGCAGGGGAAAGUUUUGUUCAACAGGGCUGUUGAGAGCAUAAUGGCAUCAGAUAUCUCUGAGGUUAUGACCACUGCCGCAGAUAGAACCAUUGUAAUUCUGAAAGAAUAUCAAAAGAAAGUUAAACUUUUCCUUAACGCUGUUGUGAAAUUCCUCAGAGAAACCAAAUUCCAGAUUCCUGGCUAUGAACAGAAGCUCUCUGGUCUGCAGGUUUACAAAGAGUUUAGUGCUUUUGUUGCUGAUGUUUCUGAAGAGGCUGUUCAAAAGAUCCCAGGGUACUUUGCCACUAUGUUUGGAGAUGUCCUCGACGAAUUCCAAGCCAUUCAAUUUGUCUUUCCUGGAUCUGACCGCAUCAUCAGUGGUAAAGAGCUUCUUGAUGACUUGUUGCUAGCUUUGAGGGAAAUCCAAGACCAGAUCAUCAUUGCAGUGAGGAAACUUGGUGACAUCUCACUUGAGGACAUUUUGAAGAAACUCUAUGCAUCCGUGCAGUUCACAGUUGCACAUAGCGAGAGGUUUCUUCAAUCUCUUAGAUCUCUCAGUGCAGAGAGUCUCUCCAAAUUUUUCGACGAAGUGAUCAGCGAUGCGAUGAACUCCCAGAUUUUUGCCGACGUUGCAGAGCAGCUGAGAGAAAUUCACAGAAUCAUUCUGGAAUACCUCACAGCUGUGUCUGAUAAAAUCUACAGCAUUGUGGAAGACGUGUCCACCGAACAGCUAAGAUCUGACAUCCAGUCCUGGAUUGAUUUAUCUGUGAAACGCUUGAAUUCUUUCCACAACAAUGUCAUCAGAGCUCUCAAAGAAACAACCAAGAGUGUUAAAUCGUACGUUAAAGUCACUGACAGACAGAUAGAUGUUGACAUUCCUUUACCACUUGCUGCCAGAUUCAACUAAAGGAUCCUGACACUUUAAAAAAUACAACAUAGUGUUAAUCAAUUUCUUUGCAACCAACACCACAACAAUAAAGAAAGCUAAGAAAAUGUACAUCCUUUUGUUGUUUCUGUACCAUUACUCCACAUAAUUUUGUUCAUUGUGUCACUGCAGACUAACAAUUCUUUUCACCCUCAUGUGUUUUCUUUGUCUUGUACUAUUUAAAAACCUCUCUGGGUAUCAAUAAAAUAAGUUUUUACUGCA